GUAAAACAAAAACAAAACAAACUUCACUAUGCCACGUCCGUUGAAAGAAAGUUAUGGUGAUCAGAAACCACCAUUCUCAUAUAUAUCUUUGACAGCAAUGGCUAUUUGGAGUUCACCACAGAAAAUGCUACCACUCAGUGAAAUCUAUCGCUACAUAAUGGAAAAAUUCCCGUAUUACCGUAAAAAUACACAAAAGUGGCAGAAUUCAUUGAGACACAACCUGAGCUUCAACGAUUGCUUCAUAAAAAUACCACGCAACACCAACAAAUUGGGCAAAGGUUCAUACUGGACGCUGCACCCAAAAGCCUUCGGCAUGUUCGAGAAUGGCAGUUUGCUUCGCCGUCGGAAACGGUUUCGGGUAAAGAAAUUGGAAAAAGACAUUUUAAAUGGUGAAAUUGCAGCGCUAGCCAGUUUCAACAGAUACUUUAUGGCACAGCAACAAAAUGAAAUACAUCAUAGCAGUUGGGAUUUGGCACCUAAUAAUGUCUAUUCUACAAUGAGCCCACAUAUGUGUGUACUACCUGUCAGCCCGUCGCCAGAAUAUGCACAAAGCUCCAGCCCUUCUUCGCACUCAUCAGAAGCUUCAAUCGAAGUUGAAAAGUUAGUCCCCAGCACACACCUAAGCAGUACUACAUUUAAUUCAAGUUCGAGGCCAAAGCGCUCAUUCACAAUCGAAAGCUUAAUCGGUCCUGAUCAUGCAGAAGUGACUGAAGUAAGCAAACCGAGUAUCAGUGAGUUAAGAAGACCCGAUAUUGCAAUGAAUCUGCAUAAUGCAUCCACAUUUGGUAUACAUAAUUUUUCAACCGUCAACCUACAACACAUUUUACCUACCCAAUACUCCUUGCAACAACAACAACACCAACUCGCAUACGUCCAACAUCACCACCAACAGCAUAUGGCGGCCCACUAUCAGAUGCAAAGCGCUUCAGCGGCCACAGCAGCAAUUUUAAGCGAGCAACAAAAACACCAGCAACACCAACAACUGCAGCAACAUCAACAGCAUUUCAUCAACACCUACUUGGGACCACUGCCAGUUUUCUAAUCCACGCAAAGUGUGUGCCGAUCCCGUAGACGUGAAAGCUUAUGUUCGUGAAAAUUGUGAUAUUUUUGUUUGGAAGUCGCGAUGGACUUCGCUUGUUUAACCCUUGAGUUACAAAAAACAAAAAAAGAUGAUUAAGUUCAUUAUCUAAUGUAUAUAAUGUAUAAACUAUAUAAUAUGCCUAUCUGGUGUGUACUGUAUAUAUGUGUACUAUAAUAUUUAUUUAGUUGCCAACUGAUUUGUUCCUGUAAAUGUUUUGUGUUUUAACAAAAAAGCUUCUCCCCAAAACUCCAAUGUUUCCUUUCCAAAAACAGUGUUCAUAGAAAACAUCGAGGAAGACUACUCUGUAAACAAUGACCCAAUAAUGCCUGCGGUAUUGUUAACUAUAUUUUCUGUAUUAUAUGUUAGGGACCGACGUUAUUUAUUAAGU